CCGGCCGUUCCGCCCUAAGCUGCGGGUAGUGGGGUAGUGAGCCGAGCCAGCGGCGGCAAUUCCCGGGCGUAGCGCUCGCGCUUCCCGGCUGCGCGUGCGAGGGCCCGGCAGCUCGGCAUGGCGGCCCCCUCCAGGAAGGAGCGGCAGGCUUGCUGGGGCGCGCGCGACGAGUACUGGCGGUGCCUGGACGCCCACGCCGAGGACGCAGCCCACUGCCGGCGCCUCCGCAGCUCCUUCGAGGCCAGCUGCCCCCAGCAGUGGAUAAAAUAUUUUGAUAAAAGAAGAGACUACUUAAAAUUCAAGGAAAAAUUUGAAGCGGGACAGUUCCAGCCUUCUGAAUCAACUACAAAUUCCUAGGCACUUCCUGAACUUUUCAUAAAGGUUGAAAUUAUUCUUUCUGGACAUUAAAAAGUGCUGUGUUGAUUCUGUGACAGUAAUAGUUUGACAUGGCAUACAUCAGUCCUGUGUAUAGUACUUCAUGACAAAAUUGGACAAGUAACAGAAGAUCCAUGUUUCCACUAUGAAGACUUGAAGUACAGUGGUUUAAAUAUGCCUAGUUCUAAUUUAGUAAAAAUUUAUUUUAAGAAACUAUUAAAACCAAUUAUAAAAACA